GUGGAGUGAAUCGCAAAUAGUUCGUAUGGAAGUUGGGUGGCCGGUUGGAGAGAGAGAGGGAGAGAGAGAGAGAGGGAGAGAGAGAGGGAGAGAGAGAGAGAAACAGAGAGAGAGAGGUGAACAUUAACUAACUGCCAGGGUACCGAGCGUUCUCUCGCAGGAUUAUACAUCAGCAAACGACUGACAAACAUAUUGGGGGAUACUGAACCCAAUCAGCAAUUAACGGGAAUAUUCGAAUACAGCGGAGAAUAAAUUACGCAAGUUUCUGCGUUUGGCAGUAAACGGGGACGCGCUGCGCGCGUUUAGGAUUUUUGUAGAUAAAUUGAGGUCGCAGGAGGAGCGAAAAGCUCAGGUGCGGCCAUGCGACGCCAUUGGCUGCUGCUGUUGCCGUUGACGACCGCCCUGUGGUCACCGUUGGGGGCCCAGGACCCCACACCCCCCGCUGGCUGCGGUGCCGGCAUCUCCUCACUCUACUACAAUCUGUGCGACCUGACGGCGGUGUGGGGAGUGGUGGUGGAGGCCUUCGCGGCCACUGGUAUCGUCGCCUCCCUGCUGCUCCUGAUUAUCCUCCCGGCCAGCCUGCCGUUCGCCAAGGACCCAAGGCGACGCAGCUCUGCGGGGCUGCAGGCCGGCUUCCUGCUCAGCACGCUGGGCCUCUUCGGCCUGGCCUUCGCCUUCGUGGUGGGCCGGGACUUCGCCACGUGCGCGGCGCGGCGCUUCCUCUUCGGCGUGCUGUUCGCCGGCUGCUUCUCCUGCCUGCUGAUGCAGGGCGUGCGGCUGAGUGCGCUGGCCUGGCGGGCGGGUGGAGCCGGGCCCGGUGCCUUCCCGCUGUGCCUGGCGGCGCUCGCGCUUUGGCUGGUGGAGGCCGUCAUCAACACGGAGUGGCUGGUCAUCACGGUGGCCCGCGCGCCUCUCGGCAAUAGCUCGUCCGUCCCCGUGCCGUGCCGUGUGGCCAACCAGGACUUCGUGAUGGCGCUCAUCUACGUGAUGGUGCUGCUGGUGGUCUCCAUGGUGUCAGCCAUGCCGGCGCUGGUCGGCCGCCGUCGGGAGUGGCGGAAGGGCGGCUGCUUCGUCGUGCUGACGGCCGCGCUCUCCGUCGCCAUCUGGGUGGCCUGGAUCGUCAUGUACGUCUUCGCCAACGCGCGGACCGGCGGCCCCAGCUGGGAUGACCCCACGCUGGCCAUCGCCCUGGUGGCUAACGGCUGGGUCUUCCUGCUCCUGCACGCCAUCCCGGAGGUCUGCUCGCUCACUGACGACGGUGAGGUGGAGCCCAGCUUCGGCGACGACCUGUACGCCACUCGUGGUGUCGGCUACGAGACCAUCCUGAAGGAGCAGAGCUCGCACAACAUGUACAUGGAGAACAAGGCCUUCUCCAUGGACGAGCCAGCUGCUGGCUACAACAAGCCGAUGUCUCCUUACAGCGGCUACAACGGGCAGAUGAGGAGCUCUGUGUACCAGCCCACCGAGCUGGCGCUCAUCACCAAGGGCGGGGCCAACCAGCAGAUGGAUCACUCCUAUGACACGGUCCUCCCCCGUGCCACGGCCACCCCGCCCGUCCCCAGCAAUGGCGUGUCCUUUGGCAUGGCCGAGGAGAGCCCCCACGGACACCUGCCGGGGGCCAGUGUGAACGGCUUUCAAAGGAAAUGGUGAACCCUUUUUUUCAAUGAUCUUUCUUUCCCCCUGCUUUUCAUUUGAUCUGUUUUUUUUUUUUAAACAUUAGUUAUGUCAUCCACAUGCAUUAAACCUGGUGGGGGCAGGUUUCAGUGGACGUUGCCCAAGACAAUGGGGUCCCGGCAGCCUCAUGCUGCCAUACCCACAAUCCUUUGGGGCCAGCGACGUGUCCCCUGUGAUGAUCCGCCUUGGCCGUUCUUAUCGCAGUUGAUAGUGGCCUCCCAGACCUUCGCCCACCUCCACCCGACAAGACGGUCAUGAUCCUUGUCAGUGGAGGAUGUCAUUUUUGUGGGGGAGAGCAAGGUGAGGCACGGGGGGGGGGGGUGAAGCUGCUCUCAGUCAAUCUCCCUGAUACACAGGCGCACACAGGUGGCCUGUGACAGUGAGACUGCACUACUGGCAGCGUGAGGCACCCCCUUCACCCAUGUUCACACUCAGCCUUUGGGAAGAUCACUACAGCAAGAGUCACCUUUCCACAUGGAAACACACCCCGUCACAGCAGAGGAAGAUGGAUGACCUGUAACAGGAGGAUCAUGGGAUAGAACCGCAGUCCCAGGAAAGGACGCGAUCAAGGUGAACUGUCAGUGGGAGGCUUCUUAACCAGUCCGUGGCUAGAUGUGAGGGCCCGUCACUUCUGAUCGGCAAAUGUCAAGUUAAUCAAGCUUUAAGGGAAUUGGGAAUUAUGUAAUGGCACCAUGCAUUACUACAGUUACAGUAUGAUUAUGGUUUGACAUAAGGCUAUUGAGUUUGCAGGUUAAUGCUGAAAAUUACUUGCUGAAUAUUGAUUGUAGUAAUGUGAACUACUGACAAGACUAGGACUGCCUUUAAUUUUGAUGACAAAUGUGUGCAGUUAAAGCAUUGUUUUCAUUUGAUCGGAUUAUUGUGUUCUGUUUGUACCAUAUAUAUUUUUUAUUUAUAUUUGAAAUGUACUGGAAAUAAAAACAUGGCACGCUA